AGAACUCAAUGUAUUGGCCCACACUUGUCACAUGAAAUCAGAUGCGUUGAGUGUGAAAAAAAAUACCUUUAAAUUUUUUGCGCUGUGUCCCCGACACUUAAAAAUCGCCCCUCCAGCCAGUGAGACAACAGGAUCGAUUCCUGUCGUUUAAUUUUAACUCUCAGAAUAUUUUAUGUAGUGAGCUGCCUGUUUCCGUCUCGAUCCAGCGACGUGGUUCGUUAAAUAGGCAGCUUUGCCUGUGAGUGUAGCUAUAGUAUAGUGUCAUGUCGACUGAGAAACAAAAUAUCCCCGUGGAAAAUUUGCAGGGGUCCUGGGUGGAGCUGAAUUUCCACAAUGGCAGCGGGAGCGCCGCUCAUCAGGGCGGAGAAGAGCAGGUGCCGGCUUCCGUUCACAGCGGGGACAUGGAGAAAAUGCUCCUGGAGGCGCAGCACGAGUCCGGCAGGAGCAGCUCCAGGGGAAGCCUGCCCUGUGACAGUCCUCCAAGAUCCCAGACUCCUCUGCAUCUGCGCAGAGGCUCAGAGGUGCAUAGCACGGGAGAGAAGAACAGCUCGCAGUCUGAAGAAGAUUAUCUGGAGAGAAGACGAGAGGUGGAGAACAUAAUGAAGAAGAAUGCUGACUGGAUCUGGGACUGGUCAAGUCGACCUGAAAACAUCCCCCCCAAAGAGUUCCUGUUCAGGCACCCGAAACGGUCCGGUACCCUCAGCAUUCGGAACACCCGGGUGAUGAAGAAAGGGGGCAUUUUCUCUGCCGAGUUCCUUAAGGUGUUCCUGCCCUCACUGGUCAUCUCGCACAUUCUGGCCGUGGGCCUUGGGAUCUACAUUGGAAGACGUCUAACCACCUCUGCCAACACCUUGUGAAGAAGACGAGGCCAGAACCAUCAGCUGCCACCAUCACUACAGCUUGAAGUGAUGCUUCCUAGUUGUGUUUCUAGGCAUGAUCAUGUAACACAUCCCAACCUCCUCUCCCCCCCCCCCCCCCCCCCCCCCCCCCCUGCGUUUUGGCAGAGUGCCACACAGCUUCUGUUCUCUUGUGAAUUCCGUCAGCCUUCUUCCUGUCCUGAGAGCUGCUUUAAAUAUGUGCUGCUGGAAAUAGCUGUUGCUUUUCACGCUUCCAUUACUGCAAAGACGGUGACCGGGUCAGGCUCAAAGGUUUUUGGCUGGAGGGCAGCUUUGGCAGUGAGAUAAAGGUGUUUAACUUUUUAGGAAGGCUGAGUUAGAAGAGGAGAGGAGUUGAGAUUUAUAAUUUCAGGUUCAAGAUUUCAUUUCAAACAUUAUUGGGGGGGUGGGGGGAAAAGUGUGCAUUUGUUCUAGAAGAACAUGGAGGCCUUCACAAGAGGCAAACAAGGGAGUGGUAGAUACAGGCACGGAGUAGUGCUGUUGGUGGGAAAAAAAAAAACAAUCCCAUAAUUACGGUUGCAUAGUUCCUGGUACUGGGUGGGAUUGAAGUUCGAACUUUGACUCAGCUACUAAUCGGAAACUGUAAACCUGACACUAUUUCCAGUGUGUUCACUUGGAUUUUGGGCUGUACCAAAAAACAAAGGGGUUGCGUUGCAUCUGUAUAGUUUGAUUAACAGUAGGGUCAAAGUGUUGCUUGCAGCAGUAAGGCUUUUGAGACCAAGGGAUCAUGUUUUGCGAGCGAUAUGGAAAAAUUAGUACUAUGGCUUUGCAGUUACACUUCACCCUCCUGAAAAACAGCCUAUUUAAGGUCAGUGGCACCAGCGAUGUAAGAGAUUGUUUCAUAAAAUGUCAGGGUGUGAUCUCAAGAGUUGUGUGCUUCAAGUAAACUAUACAGCAACACAAUUCACACAGCAUUUGAAUGUAUAAUAGUGCUAUCAUCUUCACAUAUUAUAUAUAAUGUAAUGUGACUGGUACUAUCUGUAGUAUAGUCAUUACAAGGACAUAAUCUGCAAAGUUUGCACAUGCAGUGAUUAUUAAGAUAAAUUCUGCAACUGAGGUACUGAACAUCACACUCUUCGAUAACAUGUAGGGUUUAAGAUCAUUUUGUGACAGCAAUCAUUUUCAGAGAAUUAUCAUAGCAUAACAAGUGUCACAUGACGGAAAAUAUGUAUAGGAUAUGAGCAAACUGGUCAUUCAAAGAACCAGCAUUUAACAAAACCGAUGUACAACCAUGGCUUGAACAAUUACUAUGUUAACCCAUUUGAAAUGAACAUCAGGCAUUUCAAAGUUUGUAAUUGUGCACAAUGAUACAUCAAAUAUCUUUUUUUCACCUGAGAUUUCAGGUUCUGGUUUUGAUCAUUAUCAGGGAAUAAAUCUCACUUUAUGUGAUAUGGCUUUGUCCAACUGGAUGUCCAACUGUACUGAACAAUCAACAUAAUAAUGUUCAUGAAUAGAACUGGAUUAUAUUUCACUAUCCUGAAAAGAUUUUUCAGCUCUGGAGGAUGGAUUGCCCUAAAUAAUUUGUUAAAUUAGUCAGCCUUCUGAUGCCCUAAGUAAGAGGUAGUGUGAUGUUAAUCCAAACUGUAACCAGUUAGCAUUCACGUUUUGAGUUACAAUGGAAGUGGGAAAAAAAAAAACCUUGUCAUUGAAACUGGUGGUAUUUUGUGCAUGCUGUGAAGUUCAAAGCUUUUAGACAUGUUGCUGUGUUUCAGAGCUGUUUUGUAUGAGCACUGCAAAAUGUUGUAAAUAUGCAUUUGU